CUAGAUGAAGCACACCGGACCAGACGGAGUUGCUCGAGACUGUUUCUACUCGAGCUUUGCUGGACUGCUUUAGGGCGCGAGUGACACUCUAGCUGGGUUCUUACUGGCGGCCGCAUGGUGGCGACCGCGUUGCCGUGUUGUGCAAUACGCGUGUACGUGGAGUGACCAAGUGCCUGGGGUGAAGGUGCGGCGCCGUGCAUGGAGGCGUCGGAGGGCUUGUGCCGGCAGCAGAUGGGCGACGGCAGCGACGUGCGUCCCCGCGAGGCAGCCUGCGGUUGCCUGCCUAUGGGCGCCGACGUUGCGGCGGGGUAUGCGCGUCUGGACGCGCGGAGCCUUGCGGCGACCAAUGGAACCCAGUCACCCUCUCUGGGCGGAGAGGUCCACAGUAGCGCGGGCAGCGGGCCGCAGCAAGGCGAGGCGGGUUUGAGGGAGGGAGAAUGCAGACCAUGUAGCGGAUCCAGCAGCGCGCGACAGGCAGGGUCGGAGGGCACCGAGCGGAACGGGUUUUGGCGGAAGCGCAUAGUGCGCAUGAUGCGCGGAGCCACUGAGGAGGGCGGCAUAGCAGCGGGUAAGGGUGCAAUUGGGGCGGAGAGCGCGGGUGAUUCGGCACGUACAUGGGGGCGGGAGGGGAGUUCGUGGGACGUGGAGGCAGGUAGGGGCGCAGCAGGCGGCGAGGCACGGGCGCGCAGCAGCGUCUUCCCAUACGACUGGGUCGUUGCGCCAAGGGCCCCUGCCCGCCUGUUGCUGCAGCACCGCGACCGCACCCCGCCGGCGCUCAAUCCACGGCCCGCCACGCCCACGUCCUCCGCGUCGUCCGCGUCGACCUCUUCCCCCGCCUGGCCUUCCGCCCGCCCGUCUGCGCCCGCCGCCGCGCUGCCGCCCUGUCAGCAGCCGGGCGCGGUGAUGACGUCAGCGUGGUACGAGGUGGUGGCGGAUGAGAUGGAGGAGGAGGAGGCGGAGGAGGAGGAGGAGCGCAUGAGCGACGGCGACUGCACGGACGACGGGCUCGACGCCACCCACCGCACCCACCCGCUCUGCUGCUGCUGCUGGCCUCUCCUCCCCCCCUCCCCCGCUCCCCUUCCCCCCGCCUCCUCCCGCCGCUCCUCGCGCUCCUCUCAGGCCGCUGGGCUUAGCGCGCAGCCGGGGGGGAACGGCGCGCUGAGCGAGGGCGGAGGGCACGUGACGGACGACUUGGAGCGGCGGAGGCAGGGAGCGGGGAUGGGGGAGGGCGAGGCGCGGAAGGGAGAGGCAAGGCGGGGGGCGGUGGCGUGGGUGCGCGGCAUGGACUGGGAGUCGCGGCGGUGCCAGCUGUCCAUCUUCGCCGCCGUCAUGCUGGCGGGGCUGGCGGCGGCCGCCGUGGUGUUCUGGGCCACGUACAGGAGCUACCAGCAGAACAGCAUGAGCGUGCUGACCACUCUGUGCGACACCUGGGCCGCGCUGCUGAACGAGCGACUCGACGACUCUGCCAAGCAGGCUCGCCUGCUGUCGGCGCUGCUCUCCAUCCUCUACUUCCGCUCCAACCCACCCCUGCUCAAUCAGAGCAUGUUUUCGGACUUCAUGCGUGAGUCCCGCCUGUCGCUGCACCUCUUCCACAACGUCGCCUUCGCCCUGCGCCUCUCACCCGCCCUCCGCCCCGCCUGGGAGGCCGCCAACAAUGCCACCACGCCCUGCAUCAUGGAUGAGAGCAGGCGGUGUGCAGGGGAGCGCCGGGAGUACGCGCCCAUAGUGUUUGAGGAGCUGUCCCAUGCGCCGCACCGCGGCCUCGACCUCUACCACCUGGGCGAGCUCAACGCCACGGUGUGGCGAGCGCGGCAGCAGCUGAGUGCGGUGGUGUCGCCCAUCCUGGCGGCCUCCCACGCCCCCACGGCCGCGCAAUUCUCCCCCGCCGCUGCAUCCGAUGCGCACGUGUUCAAGGUGCUGCCUGUCUUCCGCUCCGCCCGCGCGUACCUGCCUGCCGCCGGGGACACGGGCGAGGAGGAAGCGGGCAGUGGCGCAAUGGACUCGGGCGUGGGGGAGGGCGAGGUGGCGGGGUUCGUGGUGGCGGAGAUGGACGUGGACGGGCUGUGGCAUGACAUCAUCAAGGCAGCAUCCCCCUCGGCGGACAUGGUGCUGCAGAUAGUGGACGUCACGGACGGCAGCACGCCGCACCUCGUGCUGGACGCCUCGCGCCAGGCCUACAGCGCGGCGGACCAGCUGGCGCAGGGGCCGUUUGCGCGCGUGAAUAGCAUUGACUUCGGGGACCACAUGAGGCAGUACGAGCUCAGAUGCAGAUACGAGAACAUGGCGGUGCCGGUGCUGCCGGUGGUGUGGAUGGUGCUGGUGCUGGUGGUGGUGGCGGGUGCGGCGUACCUGCUGUGCUUGGCGCAGAAGCACCUGAGUGUGGCGCGGCGCAACCUGCGGCGCAUGGGGCUGCUAAAGGACCGCAUGAAGCGCGCCAAGGUGCUGGCGGAGAUGGGCAACCGCGCCAAGGGCACCUUCCUCGCCACCAUGAGCCACGAGCUGCGCACGCCCCUCAACGGCGUCAUCGGCAUGAUGAAUCUGCUGCUGGAGACGCCGCUGAGCGCCACGCAGCUGGACUACGUGGACACGGCGCGCACCAGCGGCAGGGCGCUCGUGGACCUCAUCAACGACAUCCUCGACCUCUCCAAGAUCGAGGCGAAGCGCAUGGUGCUGGAGAGUGCGUCAUUGGACGUGCGCAGCGACGUGGUGGACGACGUGCUGAGCAUGUUUGUGGACCGCAUCCGCGCCAACCCGCGCGUGGAGGUCGCCGCGUACGUGGACCCCGCCGUGCCCGCACUCAUCUUCGGGGACUCGCUGCGCCUGCGCCAGGUGCUGAUGAACCUGCUGUCCAACAGCUGCAAGUACACGGCGCGCGGCCACAUCUUCAUCUGUGUGCGCGCCGUGCGCUCCGACGAGGACCUGCGCCGCGUGCUGCUGCUGCGCGCCCUCACCACCCCCCACGCCCCCCCGCAUCAUGCCUCUGCUGCCGCUGGCCCCCAUGACGCCUCCGCCUGGCGCGUUGUCUCCCCCUCCGCCCUCACACGCCCCCCGUUCUCAGGGCCAGGGGCGAGGGGGGGCAGGCUGCUGCGUGCGUAUGUUGGUUCGGGGCCGCUGGGGGCGGUGGGUGGGGUGGUGGGGGAGGGGGGUGACGGGGAGGAGGGCACGGAGAGUGGUGGGUGGGCAAGUGGCAGGGAUGGGGACAGUGAAUCGGUGUGUGGGGAGGAUGGAAGGCAGAGCAGGGAGCGGGAGCGAGAGAGGAGGGGGUUUGAGACGCUGAGUGGGUAUGAGGCAGUGGAGAGCUGCAACAGCUGGGCGCACGUGCGCAUGAAGCAACAAGCCAUGGCCGCCGCCGCUGCUGCUGCUGCGGCACAGGGGGCACGUGGGGGGGGGGAAGCAGGGCAGGGCGUGGCAGCGUCAUCAGGCAUGGUGCGCUUGGUGGUGUCCGUAGAGGACACGGGAGAGGGCAUUCCUCUGAGUGCGCAGACGAGCGUCUUCAAGCGCUUUGUGCAGGCGGACGCCAGCAGCACGCGCACGCACGGCGGCACGGGCAUCGGGCUCACCAUAUCGCGGCACCUGGUGCACCUCAUGGGCGGCAAGCUCAGCUUUGUGAGCCGCCCGGGCGUGGGCACCACCUUCUACUUCGACUUCACCGUGCCCUUCCAGGCUCCCAAGACACCCGCCCCGCCCGCUGCUGCUGCUGCUGUGGAUGGCAGGGCAGCACGAGCGGCAUCCAGCAUCGACUCGUGUGACUGUGCGUUCACUGCCCCCCCGCUCUCCCCUGCCACACAUCAGCACCACGACGCACCGUACCAUGGUGCCGCUGCUGCUUCACUUGGCAUCAACUGCUCCUCCUCGCCCUCCCUCUCCCUUCCGCCUCUCCAACUCAUGCCGCCAUCAGCGGCAGCCUGCAUGCCCGCCUCACGGCCUGUGGGCGAGGCAGUCCCCUCACCAGCAAGGGCAGCGGCGGCAGCACCUGUCCCUGCGCUGCAUGUGUGGCCGUGCCCGGCGGCGCUCACAGGCCCGUACGUGGGCGUGGCAGCCGUGGUUCUGGACGACUGGCCUGUGCGCCGCGCCGUCAUGCUUACAUGCCUCGCCCGCCUGGGGGUCACUGUGCUGGAGGCUGAUGCGCACGCCCACGCCCAUGCGCCUGCCCACGGGCAUGCGUGCAUGUGCCAUGGGUGCCAGCAUGCAGCUGGUGAUGAUGGCGAAGGAGCGGGUCAUGGCAGUGCGCCAGCUGCUUCUGCUGCCGUGCAGGGGGGGGUGCAGGGCAGCAUGGCAGCCGCAGCAGGCAGUGUGGGCGGCCCUACGGAAGGUGCGUGUGGGGGCAGAGCGGGUGUGGGUGGGGUGUCAUGGGAGGCGGUGUGGGCGCCGCGGGGCAUGGUGGUGGUGGUGGAGCACGACUGGGUGGCGGAUAGGGGCGGGCUGGGCAGGGAGUGGCGCCACAAGGUGGAGGCAGCGGCGGGUUGGGUGGUGCAGCAGUACCGCCGCGCGCAUGCACGUGCUGCUGCCAUGCCUGCCGGGGGGGGCGCCACUAACAGCAAUGUGGCGGCGGGGGGUGAGCGCGGGCGGGCGUUUGGGCUACCUGACGGGUGGCGUGUGAUGGUGGUGCUGCGCGAUGCAAGGGAGGCGGCGGGGCUGAAGCAGCGCCAUGGCGUGGGCGCCACGCUCAUCAAGCCCAUCCGCCACUCCGCCCUCGCUGGGUGCCUGGGGGAGGCACUGGGGGCGGUGGGCGCACAUGCCUCGCAUGCCCUGCCCGGCCCCCAUGCUGCGGCUACUGACGCUCCUGCAUUCCUGCCACUCAGACAGACCCAAGGCACUGAUGCCCGGCUGCAAGGGGAGAAGGAGGGAGAGGUGGGGGAUGAGAGCGAGGUUGGGGAGGAGGCCCAUCUUCUUCCGUCCAUUGGGUCCGUUGGUUCGUCUCCAACUGUACCGGUGUGCGCCACCACACCCGCGCCAGCCACAGGCCUGCAGCAGCGCAGCAGCAGCACGAGUGCUCUGGCGGCCAUGCGCUAUGCAGGCAGGGGCGCACACAGGGGGGGAUCGCGCGGAGAGGGGCAGCGAGGUGUGGGGGAACGCGGGGGUGGGGGGAGCAGGGAGGGUGCCAGGCUAGCAGAACAGGUGGCGGAGGCUGCGAGAAUAGAGCGCGUUGCGGCACUGUCACCAGGAAACCGGGGCUUGGGACGGGGGGCAGCAGCAGGAGUGGUGGAAGGAGGAGCAGGGCUGGGGCGUGGAGCUGGCAUGGGUGGUGGGAGGAGCAAGAGUGCGGCUGCUGUGAGGCUGUGCAAUGCUCUGGGAGGCUUGAAAUUCCUUGUGGUGGACGACAACAUGGUGAACCGCAAGGUGAUCAGCAAGAUGCUGCAGCGCUACGAGGUGCACGUGGAGGCAGUGGAGGGGGGCGCACAGGCGCUGCAGCGACUGCAGCAGCCACAUGAGUUCGUGGGGGUCUUCAUGGACGUGCAGAUGCCUGGCAUGAACGGCUUCCAGGCCACCCGGGCCAUCCGCCAAAUGGAGGCGGCGCAAGUACCUGCCACCACUGCUGCCCAUGCACCUCUGCCUGCUGCUGCCACUGCACACCACUGCCAGCCGCUCCCGCCUGCCACCGCACCUGGGCAUGCUCACCCACAACUUCAAGACGCGUCCCCUUCAGCAGCAGCAGCAGCAGCAGGCACGCCAGAGGCAAUCACUGCACCCCCGCUCUCCUCCCCACGCCCUCCUGCUGUGUCUCCCUGCGCCUCCCCCCGGCCUGCACCGCCCAAGCGCCUGCUGGUGUUUGCGCUGACGGCGGACAUUGGCGGUGGCACGCGCGAGCGGUGUGCGGUGGUGGGCAUGGACGGGUACAUGACCAAGCCCAUCGAGGAGGAUCAGCUCUCCAACGUCGUCCUGCCCUUCUUCCAACCAACCCCCACUGCCCCACACACACUGCUGCCCCUUGCUGCUGGGGCCACUGCUGCUGCUCCCUGAUGCGCCAGUGCGGCUCUUGUCUGAUGUGGAAAACCAACACAAGGGUUCUGGUCUGGAAGAACCCAUGCACGGUGUGCUGUGCUGCACAGCCUGCCAUGAUGAUGUCUGGAAAGAUCACCAUGGCUGAACGCCAUGGAACAGCUGCCAGCCACCCGCCUGUGGAUAGGAAUACAGAUUAGGUGUCUGGAGAACACGUACUGCAGGUACAGCAAAGACUCCAUUGAUGCUGUAGGGGCAUGUUUCUACACUUUAUAUGCAAGUUUGUUCUGU